CUUGGACCCUCUGGCAAGGGCCAAUAUUAUUUUUGUUGUGUAGACCGCAGCCCUGUACGCACCUACCUGUAGGUUUGCUGGGAUAUCAAGCUUUAAGUCUGGACUUGGAUCAUCUUUUCCUCUAAAGCUUGGAGUUUGAGGCUUUUUGUCCAGGACAAACAGAUAGGCAGCAGGAAACUCUGGGAACAUAAAACAGGGCUCGUACCAGGAGUGGCCUGCAACAUGUCUGGAUCUAUACCGUUCUACCAGAAGCACCAUCGCCACUAUGACCGUGGCUACCGCAGCAAGGAGACAGAGUCUAAACUGAGCCAGUACCAGUCCAGCAGCAGAUAUACUGCUGGUAGCAGCACGUCCACCACCAGCAGGAGCAGGGGACUUAAAGUGUCUUCACAUUCUGGGCUGGAGGCGAGCAGACUGAGCCCUGUACCAAAGAGAGCCAAGCCAACUUACUUGGCUGUGGAUAGAGAGAACCAAAUCAUCGGCUAUGUAGUGCCUAUCUUCAGGGGCAGUGAAGAGUUUGCUACAGGAUAUUCGGGUACAGAGGAAGCAAGGGUGAGAGACACUGCUGCAUACAUGGCUCGCAGGGAUUUGUUCACCAGUGGGCUGGAGAUGGAGAGGUCAGAGCUGAUCUCCAGGAGGGAGGCCAUGCGCGAGUCGGCCGAACGCAUCUCUCUGAACAAAAGGAUCCAUGAACACGAGGAACACUUUAAGCGUAUGAACGAAGAUAGCCUGAUGCACCCCCCGGAGUUUGUGAUUAAACCACGCUCCCACACCGUGUGGGAGAAACAGUGCGUGCGGCUGCAUUGCACUGUCACUGGCUGGCCGGACCCACGGGUCGUCUGGUACAAAAACAAUGUGACAAUUGACCCUCUUGCCAACCCUGGCAAGUAUAAACUUGAGAGCAAAUACAGCGUGCACUCACUGGAGAUUAACAGAUGUGAUUUUGAUGACACGGCGCAGUAUCGUGUCUCUGCCAUGAACUCCAAGGGAGAGCUGUCUGCAUUUGCCUCCAUCGUCGUCAAGAGGUUCAAAGGUGAAGUUGAUGAGUACCUGCCAGCACCCAGGCAGGGCCCAGUCUCUGAGUAUGGCAUCAACUUCAAGACUCACAUUGUUGAUAAGUUCGGUGUUUCCUUUGGAAAAGAGGGUGAGACCAUGAGUCUGGGAUGCACGGUUGUCAUUUACCCUGCCCUGCACCGCUAUCAGCCGGAGGUCCAGUGGUACAGAGAUGGCAUGCUGCUGUCUCCUUCUAAAUGGCACCACAUGCACUGGAGUGGAGAUCGAGCCACACUGACGCUCACACACCUCAACAAGGAGGAUGAGGGGCUCUACACCCUGCGCGUCACCACCAAGUCUGGAUAUGAAACCUACUCAUCUUAUGUCUUUGUCAGAGACGCUGAUGCUGAGCUCGAAGGAGCUCCCGGUGCCCCUCUGGAUGUCCGUUGUCUGGAUGCCAAUAAGGAUUACAUUAUUGUCACCUGGAAGCAGCCAGCUGUUGAUGGUGGAAACUCUAUCUUGGGCUACUUUGUGGACAGAUGUGAGAUUGGAACUAACCACUGGAUCCAGUGCAACGACACUCCUGUUAAGUUUGCCCGUUUCCCCGUCACUGGCCUGGUGGAGGGCCGAUCCUACACCUUCCGUGUGCGUGCCGUCAACAAGAGUGGCAUGAGCCGCCCGUCUAGAGUCUCUGAGCCGGUGGCUGCCAUGGACCCGGCUGAUCGCGCCCGCAUGAGAGGUACCUCUGCUCCCUGGACUGGACAAAUCAUUGUCACAGAGGAGGAGCCUGCAGAGGGAAUCGUUCCUGGCAGACCUCUUGAGCUGCAGGUGACGGAGGCAACCAAGAACUAUGUGGUGCUGAGCUGGAAGCCACCUGGAGAGAAAGGCCUUGAGGGUGUCAUGUACUAUGUGGAAAAGUGUGUCUUGGGCACAGACAGCUGGCAGAGGGUGAACACAGAGAUCCCGGUCAAGUCUCCGCGUUUUGCUUUGUUUGAUCUCGCCGAGGGGAAAUCCUACAGCUUCCGCGUCCGCUGCUGCAACUCCGCCGGUGUUGGCGAACCAUCUGAAGCAACCGAGGCCACCACUGUUGGAGACAAGCUUGAUAUCCCAUCUGCCCCAGGAAAAGUUGUCCCAACCAGAAACACAGACACAUCAGUCGUUGUGUCUUGGGAAGCAUCCAAAGACGCCAAAGAGUUGGUGGGUUACUACAUCGAGGGGAGUAUUGUGGGCAGCAGUGUGUGGGAGCCAUGCAACAACAAGCCUGUAAAUGCCAGCAGGUUCAUCUGCCACGGUCUGAUAACAGGAGAGACUUACGUGUUCAGGGUGAGGGCAGUGAACGCAGCAGGGCUCAGCCAGUUCUCCCAGGAGUCUGAGCCUGUGGAGGUGAAGGCUGCUAUUGCCUCCCCUGCUCCACCCUAUGGCAUCACUGUCCUGGAGUGCGUGCGCGACGCCAUGGUGCUGGGCUGGAAACAGCCAAACUUCGUCGGUGGUGCUGACAUCAUAGGCUACUUUGUGGAUUACCGUGAGGUCAUCGAUGGCGUGCCAGGGAAUUGGCAUGAGGCAAACAUCAGGGCUGUCAGCGACAGGGCCUAUAGGGUGUCUGACCUGAAGGAGAACAAGAAGUACCAGUUCCAGGUGCGUGCAGCCAACAUAGCUGGCGUCGGCAUCCCGUCACUGCCCAGUGACACCUUCCUGUGCGAGGAGUGGACCAUUGCCGUGCCAGGACCUCCUCAUGACCUGCAGAUAAGAGAGGUGCGAAGCGACUCUCUGGUGCUCCUAUGGAAACCACCCAUUUACCAGGGUCGUGAUCCAGUCAACGGGUUCUACAUCGACAUCAAGGAGGCAGAAGCACCAGAGGAGGCGUGGAGAGGAGUGAACACUAAAGCUACAGAGAAGUUAUACUAUAAGAUUAAGAAUCUGAAGGAAGGCGAGACGUAUCUGUUCCGUGUGCGUGCUCAGAAUAAAGCCGGUGUUGGAAAAACCUCAGAUGUGACAGAGCCGGUCCCAGCUGUGACCAAACCAGGCACCAAAGAGAUAGUCGUGGAUGUUAAUGACGAUGGUAUCGUCUCCCUGAACUUCGAAUGCUGUGACAUGACCCCCGACUCCAAAUUCGUGUGGUCCAAGAGCUAUGAGGAAAUUACAGAGUCAUCCCGCAUGACCUUAGAGACCAAGGGAAACAAGUCCAAAGCAGUUUUCAGUGCCCUUGGGGAGGAGGACAUUGGCCUUUACUCAUGUUUUGUCACCCACACCGAUGGUGCUUCAGCUAGUUACAAUCUUUCUGCAGAAGAGUUGCAGAGGCUGCUGGUGAUCAGUCACGACCACAAAUUUCCCAUUAUUCCCCUGAAGUCAGAGUUGGCUGUGGAGAUGCAGGAGAAGGGUAGAGUUCGCUUUUGGCUGCAGGCGGAAAAGAUGUCAGCAAACGGCAAAGUUGAUUACGUCUUCAACGAUAAUCUUCUCUCUCAGGGGGAGAAAUACAAGAUGAACUUUGACAAGAACACCGGUGUGAUUGAGAUGUUCAUGGACUCAUUGACCCCCGCAGAUGAGGGCACCUUCACCUUCCAGUUGCAGGAUGGAAAAGCAACCAACCAGUCCAGUUUGGUACUGAUCGGAGACGUGUUCAAGGAGCUGCAGAAGGACUCAGAGUUCCAGAGGAAAGAAUGGUUCAGAAAGCAAGGUCCUCACUUUAUCGAGUAUUUGAGUUAUGAGGUGACACCAGAGUGCUGCGUUGUGCUGAAAUGCAAGGUUGGCAACAUGAAGAAGGAAACCUCAGCGCUGUGGUACAAAGAUGGACGCGAGAUCAAAGCAGACGAGCACCUCGGCUUCAGCGAGGGAGUGCUGAAACUGGAAAUCGCUCAGCGCGACUCCUGUGCAGACACAGCAGACUAUGUCGACAGCCUAAUCUGGAGAAGACUAAAAAUUUCCAAAAAGGACUCUGGUGUGUAUAAGGUUAUUCUGAAGGAUGACAGAGGAACGGACACUUCCACGUUGAAUCUGACAGAUCAAGGUUUCAAAGACUUGAUGAAUGAAGUUUUCAGUUAUAUCGCCAAUUCCUCCACUCCACUGAAGAUCACAAGCACAGAGCAUGGCAUCCGACUCUACACUUUUGUCAGCUACUAUAACGAUUUACUCCAAGUGACAUGGCACUACAAGGAUUCAGCCAUCGCCUUCUCUGACCGUAUAAAGAGUGGUGUGGUGGGAGAGCAGCUGUGGCUGCAGAUCACAGAGCCCACAGAGAAAGACAUGGGAAAGUAUGCCAUUGAGUUCAACGAUGGAAAAGGUGGCCUGAGGAGGACUGUUGAGCUGUCCGGUCAAGCAUUUGACGACGCUUUUGCAGAAUUCCAGAGACUCAAAGCUGCUGCUGUUGCAGAGAGAAAUCGUGCUCGAGUAGCAGGAGGCCUACCUGAUGUGGUCACUAUCCAGGAGGGCAAGGCCCUCAAUCUCACCUGCAACAUUUCGGGCGACCCCCUGCCAGAGGUCACCUGGCUGAAGAAUGACAAGGAGAUCACGUCCAACGACCACUGCAUCCUUAAGUUUGCAUCAGGCAAGUUUGCCAGCUUCACCAUCACCGCCGUGGACACAGUGGACUCUGGCAAGUACAGCAUCCUGGUGAAGAACAAGUACGGCACAGAGAGCGCGGACUUCACCGUAAGUGUCUUCAUCCCUGACGAGGCUGGCGGCAAGAAAAAAUAAAAGCGGUCCAAAUCUUGUCGUAAAUAUGUAUAAAUGGAAAAAUGCUGGAAACAGUUAAA